AGCACCCACCUUAUUUACUUUCGUUUUCACCUCUCCAGACGAAAACCUUCAGUCUAUGACUACGCACACUGGAAAGUGAAUAGUUACUCCCAUUUGUAAUUUUGUACAUCUAAUAAUAAUAAAAUACCAGAGAGAGAAAGAGUGGGCAGGAAUUAAGUUAGGGUUUUGGAUUAAGAAAGUAAAAAGAAGAAGACUAAGAAGAAAAGUGGAAAUCUCCAGCGCGAGAGAUAUAGAGAGAUAGAGAGAUGAGUAUAUGGAACUAUGUGGUGACGGCGCACAAGCCGACCAAUGUAACGCACUCGUGCGUCGGCAAUUUCACCGGUCCUCAGGAGCUCAAUCUCAUAAUUGCGAAAUGCACAAGAAUCGAGAUUCAUUUGCUCACUCCUCAAGGUUUACAGCCUAUGUUGGAUGUGCCAGUAUAUGGCAGAAUUGCAACACUUGAGCUGUUUCGACCACAUGGUGAAACACAUGAUCUUCUGUUCAUAGCAACAGAAAGAUAUAAAUUUUGUGUUCUUCAAUGGGAUCCUGAGGCUGCUGAAGUAGUUACUAGAGCGAUGGGGGAUGUUUCUGAUCGAAUAGGCCGUCCCACUGACAAUGGUCAGAUCGGCAUAAUUGACCCAGAUUGCAGAUUGAUUGGGCUUCAUUUGUAUGAUGGAUUAUUUAAGGUUAUUCCAUUUGAUAACAAAGGCCAACUCAAGGAAGCAUUUAAUAUAAGGUAUUCUCCAAUUUUCUUUACUAUUUCUAGAUGUCAGACUUACGUAUAUGGAGUUGGUUGA